AUGGAUCGCCGCAGUCACAGACAAACCGAGAAGCAGCCUCUGCCCGUUGGCAAGAAGCCCAACCUUGCUGCCGCCAGUGGUAGCCAAGCGAGCAACAACACGAAGCCCAAGGAGAAGAAAGACAAAUGGCGGAUGGAAGGAACUCCCAUCAAGGGCUGCCCUCGUUCGCAGGACGUUAUAUUUGGCCGAGGUGGCCUUGCUCAGAUUCAUGAGCUCAAGACUCUCACUCCUACUUCUCUUUUACUUUCUGUGGCCAGGAACACCUACUUCCGGGCCCUUGUUCAGCAGCACAAACCCCGCUACAAUGCGACACAUCGUACCCAGAAACAAGGCGUGGCCGCAGAAAUCUGCAAGAAAAUUGCUGCAGGCGGAGGUCGCUUCCUCGAGAAACAAGGCGAUAUCUGGUGCGAGGUUACUCCUCGACGGUCAAUCGAGAAGACGUGCCAGGCUCUGCGCGAGAAGAAAUGGAACUAUUUCGACACCAUUGAUAACGAGACGUUGGAGGGAUUUGGUAUCUCGAUGGGGGCACAACCAGAAGGAGUUUCCUAUAUCUAUGAACACGAAGAUUCCAUAGUUGUCACCAUCAAGCUAAAACCGAAAACCAACAAGGAUCCUCCGGCAGCAGAUGAGGACGAUGAUGACAGUACCGUCAGUAGAGCUGGAGACGCUACAUCCAAAGACAAUGCCAGUGCGCGAAAGCCGCCUCCCGUUGCCAAUAAGUCCCCGAAGAAACCUUUCGUCGAAGACAAGGCCAGUGCGCGAAAGCCGCCUCCCGUUGCCAAUAAGCCCCCGAAGAAACGUAUCCUCGAAGAAAAGGUCAGUGCUCGGAAGCCCCCGAAGAAACGUAUCCUCGAAGACAAGGCCAGUGCUCGGAAGCCGCCUCCCGCUGCCAAGAAGCCCCCGAAGAAACGUGUCGUCGAAGAAAAGGUCAGUGUGCGAAAGCCACCGCCUCCCAAGACCAAGGGCACCCCAAUGAAACGACAAGCAUCAAGCGGCAAGCUCUCUGAAAGCGACGGGUCGAGAAGCAAGAGGCGAAAGUUCGCCAGCAAGUUACCCGCCCAACCAAAACCAAAGGUUGUCACAGUUGUUGGAAAGGGCAAUCUUGAGGUUGAAAGCGAGAAGACCAAAAUUGCUAGAAACAAACGUGCCAUUCGCCGCAACCGGAAGGGCGGCAAGGCGGAUUCCGCUUCGAAGGCAGCUUCGAACGACGCGGCGGCAAUUGCUCCCAUGGUCUCAGGUAAGAGCACAACCAAGGAAACAGCAACCAAGCGGAGCGAAGAAUUCACGACCCAAAAGAAGCAAGCGGAGGUGGAGUCGGGUGGCAAGGACAGCAACAAAAAGAAGGAAAACAAGUCAACGCCAAAGGAUAUUUCUGCAAAAGCCCCUCCACGUCAUCCUGACAAUGUUGGAACGGAGGUAUCUGAAGUCGACACCAUGCCUCCUCCUACCCAGUUGCGCGCUUCGCCCACCAUGGUCUUCCUCUUGCCUCAAGUCGCCACUAGUGGCGUACCAUUGCCUGCGGCCAAGCUGUAUGCCCCAAAGCCAACUACCUGUACUGGCAUUCCGGCUGCUAGUUUGUGUAGCACACCCCGCACUGUCAUGGCCUCAAAUCCCGUCAUGGCUAGUGACGCAGAGACUCCUCAAGACAAGAAACACAAACCCGAGCCACAGUCACGUGCGGAGGUUGCAUACGUUCGACCCCUGGCUUUUUCGACCACCAAGCCUCACCCCAAAUCAUCUUCUUGCCCCGUUGCUCCUGUUUGGCGUACACCGCAUGGAGUGGCAUCGCGGCCUCUUGCAUUUGAUCGGAUCCAUGCCAAUGACGAGAUGGCCUCCGUCUCGCCUUCCUGGAUUCUCUCCCAGAUGACCUCAGUCUCUCCGCUUGGGGUACCCACAACUGCGGGUAUGUCGUCCUUGACUCCCCCCUCAGGACUCCGCCGCAUAUCAGGAUCGACCGCCUCUACGGGAACAUCUUUUCGAUUUGGUGGAACACAGGCUUCAGCGUUUUCGCCUGACGAUUCUUCCCUUCUCCGAGGCCCCCUUCCUCCUUCCCACACCUCACCAUCCUUGUCAGUUCCUCCAGGCUCUCCGUCGUUGCUUCCCGCGGCCCCCCAAACUGAGUUGUUCUCCACUCAAUCCUUGUCGCUGCUCUCGGCCUUGUUUUCGCCUGGUUCCAGCGCUCUGCCUGCCAUGGAACAGCGUGCCGGUUUCGAAGACGAGCAGUUACCAGUGUUCACGCGAACAAUGCGCACACUCCUAGAUUGA